CACUCUUUGUUUUCUUGCAUGUGGUGACAGGUUUUAUCAGAUCCGAGCCAGUAUGAAAGUGCCCCCACGGAUCCCGCAGAGGGUGGAAGCCAGUCUGCUGCAUCCCACAGGUUCAGAUCUGGCUUUCCCAGCAUCAGUUCAAGAUGAUGUGGUCUGCAGCAAAACCUUUCAGAUCCUUUAUAAAAACGAGGAAAUUGUAGUCAACGAUGUCCUCGUAUUCAAAGUGAUGAUGCUGCUAGAUGCAAAGAGGGUGGAAGAGACCUUAAAUGAAAUGGACUUUCAGAUGUCGUUGGACCUGUUCUUCACCGAUGGCGACUACUCGCCCGAGGACCAGAGUCCUCUCCAGAGCAUCAGCAGUCGAAUGCUGCAUUUGCACUUUAGCCUUCACAGAGGCAUCCAUCAGCACGUCAACGUCAUGUUUGACUAUUUCCAUCUGUCUGUCAUCUCUGCCACUAUCCACGCAUCACUGGUGGCUCUGCAUCAACCUCUAAUCAGUUUCCCACGGCCAGUCAAAAGCACCUGGCUGAAUCGGAAUGCUCCGGCACAAAGCAAAGACUCUCUCAUCCCAACGCUGGAGUGUGUGGUGUUCAGUAACACCUACGUCAAGCAGCUGUCCCCAGAUGGCAAAACCUUCCUGGUAUCGGAUCAGUGCCUACAGCAUGCCUUCAGCCUUCACCAGAACAUGUGUGCCAACUUGCUGCGUGCAUAUCAGGGUCUGUUCUGCUAUUUAACCUCCCUGACCAAGAAUCUGCCCGCAUCUCAGCGCAUAGAGCUAGAGGAACUUGAUGUGGAGGCCCGGCUUGAUGAGCUUUGUGAACAAGUCAAGCAGAGGGGAGAGAGCCCAGAUGAGUUGGCUGAACUGGUGAACAUGAAUUUGGCGCAGCUAUGCUCUCUGCUCAUGGCAUUGUGGGGGAAUUUCCUGGAAGUGGUGUCCCUGAAUGAGCGUGUCUCUGAGCUGUUGGCUCAGGAGCACCAUACAUUACGGGUGCAAAGAUUUGCAGAAGCUUUCUUUUGUCUUGAACACCCAAGACAGAGUGCACUAGCCUACCAGGAACUACAUGCUCACAGUCACCAGCAGAUGACCACAGCUAUUAAGAACUCCUCCUACUUCUUGUCCUUGCCACCACUUCCUGUUGAAUGUGCAGAUCUUGAUGGUGAUGUGAACUCCCUACCAAUCAUCUUUGAGGACAGAUAUUUGGAAUCGGUUACCGAAGAUCGCGAUGGUCCAUGGCUUGGUCUCCACAACAACAGGAGUGGCUCUGUGUCCACUAAAGCAGACAGGUCCAACUCAAAGGACUCUAUUGCUAGUGGAUUGGGAGGCCUUGGUCCGUACCCAGAUAAGCAGCAAACUGCCCUCGCCACGGCUUGGCCUGAGCAAAAUGAGCCUCCCCUCAAAUCCAAAGCCAAAUCUAUCAAGCUGAAGAAGAACGCCAAGACUGAAAAUUCAAAGAAGCUGAUCAGGCAAAGCUCCAAAGACUCAGUGAUCCUCACAGGCUACAAGAACUUGAAGGUUCCUCAUGGUGAACCAACCACCAAGUCCAAAGAAGUAGACACUCAGUGCACUCCAAAAGGCGAGCUCGAUGACAUAGGCAAAUACAUCUUCCAGAAUGAAACUGCAACCACACAUUGUGCUCCAAAUACAAGUGACAUUCAAGGCAACGUCGGUAUCCAGAGCGACAGCUUUUCCAAUCUUUUGAGUUUGCAAAUGCAGGCUAGGCCCCAGGCUGGUACUGGAGCAGAAGCCACACAAAGCGCAGCUGCCAGAAUUGAUUUGACACAUCCACCUGCUGGGCUCAGACAUAUAGAUGUAAAGCCGAGCGACAAGGACCCCUACCAGGGUGAAAAGGUCACCAUUCUCUUACCGCACCACUCGGAUCCAACCGCCAAGACGGAUGUUCCAGAGUUCAAGAGUCGAGUUGGGGACGGUGCCAUGUUCAUCGGAGCUUGUGGAGCUGUGUUGAGGAGUGAUUGUGUUCCUCAUGGCUCCUCCAGGCUCUCAGACUCAGGAAUCGAAAGCGAGCCCAGCUCUGCAACACAGCUAGCCCCAUUCUCUCCUUCUCCUUUUGCUUCUACUAGCCUGGAGCCGCCAACAGAGCCGAUUCUACCAAGUGCCCACCAGAGACCAUCUCCUCUUAGCCCUGCCUCCAGGGGAGCCACAGCAUUAGAGGGUGUGAAUCCAGAGAGCACCAGCGGCAUUAGUGGAGUCCAGUCUUCCCUCACCUCCAUUAAUUCACUCCCCUCGGAUGAUGAGGUGGAGACGGAGGUCACUAGCAGAAAGUCCAGCAUCCUGGUGCAGGAACAGAGCCUCAUAUUUUCAGGAGAAUCUCACAACCUCGUGUUAUCGAGCUCUAGAGUUUUGACUCCACAAAAAGCUUCCAUCAGUCAAGGAGAUGAGGACUCUGCUACCCAGUCCCGCUGUGAAAAUAAUGCUCCUGACAGGCCGUCAGGAGCUAGUGGGACCGAUCUUCCAGGUGGUGCAGCUUCAGGGCCAGAAGCAUGUAGUGAGCCUCAGACGACUGCCCAAUCCAGUACAUCGGUCACCAGCAGCACGGACCUGGUGAAGAAAGGCUUUGUGGAGAACUACUUUGGCUCACGUUCCAGCACUGAUAUAUCUGAGAUCAGCCCACUGGAGACUGCAGCUGUAACGCUGGGGAUCCAGACUUGCACAAAUGCUCCUGACAAAGAGGAUGAAGAGGAGGAGCAGGAUCAUGAGAUGAUUGAGAACGGUUUCUACGAGGAGACCGAUGGGUUGGUUUAUGUUAAUGGACUCCCAGAGGAGGAAGGAAGGUGUGAGGAUGGGGGAGCAGAGGGAAAGACCCUUUUUUAUAAUCAACUGGGAUUGGAACAGCUCCAGGAAACCUACACCCCCUCAGCCAGCCUGCAGACACUGCCUCCUGGACCAGCACCAUCCAGCAAUGACCUCUGCUGGUACAAGAUCGCUCCCACUGCUCAGAUGACAGCGUUUGCCCAAGCAAAAGAGGAUUUGAAGCAACUUAAUUUACCAGGCUUCCUGUACAGUGAGGUGGCAGAUCUGGCGUCCACUGUGCCAUAUUUCAGCAUGGACGAGGAUGAAAACUGUGACGAGGGCAUACAUCUAAUAGUGUGUGUACAUGGUCUGGAUGGUAACAGUGCAGAUCUGCGUCUAGUGAAGACUUAUCUGGAGCUCGGUUUGCCUGGAGCUCGUAUAGAUUUCCUUAUGUCAGAACGCAAUCAGAAUGACACAUUUGCUGAUUUUGAGUCCAUGACUGACAGACUUUUGGACGAAAUUGUGCAGUACAUACAAAUCUACAACCUCACGGUUUCCAAGAUAAGUUUUGUGGGUCAUUCUCUGGGAAAUCUGAUUGUACGCUCAGUGCUGACGAGGCCCAGGUUUAAGUGUUAUCUCAGCAGACUGCACACAUUUCUAUCUCUGUCUGGGCCACAUCUCGGCACUCUGUACAACAGCUCAGCCCUCGUCAAUACCGGGUUGUGGUUUAUGCAGAAGUGGAAGAAAUCUGGCUCUCUGCUGCAGCUGACCUGUCGCGACCACUCUGACCCACGCCAGACCUUCCUCUAUAAGCUAAGCAAGAAAGCAGGUCUUCAGUUCUUUAAGAACGUGGUGCUGGUGGGGUCUCUUCAGGACAGAUAUGUCCCCUAUCACUCUGCUCGAAUCGAGAUGUGCAAAACAGCCUUAAAGGACAAACAGACUGGUCCCGUGUAUGCUGAGAUGAUCGAGAACCUUCUACUUCCUGUGCUUCAGAAGAAAGACUGUACCCUGGUGCGUUACGAUGUCAUCCAUGCGCUGCCCAACACCGCCAACUCCCUGAUUGGCCGGGCAGCCCACAUCGCCGUCCUGGACUCUGAGAUUUUCCUGGAAAAGUUCUUCCUGGUGGCAGGGCUAAAGUUUUUUCAGUAGCCUUGCUAGACCAGAAGCAAAUACCUCACUGCAAACGGAUGUUUUUCUGGUUCUUUUUUUUUUUCUCACGGUUUUAAGUAUGCUCUUGGAGGUAAAGCAAAAUAUAUCAGUGUUAUUUUUGUUGUCGAUUUAGUUUCUAUUCAAGUCGGUUGUGAAUGUAGAACUUCUCUUUUGUAUUUUUCAUCUGGCAUUUUUUUUGUAAUAUCAUUUUAAUGGUUUAUUCAUUUUAAAGAAAAUCAAACCUCCCAAGUUUUUUGUUUGUUUGUUUGUUUUUUUCCAGUUUUAUUUAUGUACAACAUACAUUUUUACCAUUCUACCUUAUGCUGAACUGGAAAUGUAGCUGCUAAAAAACAAUGAACUAUUUAUUUGGGCUGGAAAUCCAGGUCAUUUUCAUGGUAAAAACAUGUUCACUUGAACGUUUUGGUAUCUAAGGUUGGCUGGCAUCCGAACUGCAUAAAACAUAUUUUCUAUUAAGAAAAUGCCAUUUGACUAUACAUUUUUUACAAAAUUAUCAUUUUUAUUAUUUUUUUUUUAUUUUUAUUUACAAUGUCAAAGGCUUCCUGAAUCUAGACGAACGUGAUUGUAGCUGAAACGAAGCAGCCUUGGACCGCGUGUAGGUUUUAUACUAAGUCUCUGGUGCCCAAUGCAUUUUCAUGCACAAUCUUGACCCAGCCUGGUGUUGGGUGGAGAAAACCAACGCUUAGCAUGUUAGUAUAUAUAUAUUUUUAACUAUUACAGGGGAUACAGAUAACUAAUUAACAAUGGGCCAAGUGUGUGGGAUAGAUGGUUAGUCAGUUGAAAACAGCACAUAUACUAGUAAUCAGAUCACAUAGUUGUGGGAAAGUAUGUUCAGUUUCCUAUGAAGGAAUUUGUUGAUGCUUGUGUGUAAAAAUACUUAUAAGACAUUUAAAUUAUCCAGUUUUUGUGUAAAGGGUUUUGUAACAUGGACUCCACAUUUCAUUAAAUGUAUUCGCAAUAAAUGUUUUUUGUUCUUUUUUUUUUUUUUAAAUAGAAGCUUUGUUUUCAUGGAUUACUGUAUUUAUUUUAAAUUAAAGGAAUAGUUCCAAACCUGUGGAAGCCAAGUUCCUUAAUGUUAGGUAAUUACAAUCCCCCUUGUACGUUUAUUUGUCCCGUUUUGUACGUUUUGUAUCUUUCAGUUGUGACUUGAUUUCAAGAGAUGACUUGUGCGCUUACCGUAUAUCAUGUUUUUGUGUGUGUGUGUGUGUGUGUGAAGUCAUAGAAAAGCAUUGUGUCUUAAGUUACAUUGAACACUAAUACAAGAUAAUGUAAUACUUAUUAUACAACACACCACUUUUAUGAUACUUUUAUUGGGUUUUUGGUCUUUCUAUAAACUGUACUUGUAUGUAUAAAAAAA